AUGAAUACAUACGUUGAAUAAUAUACUGACACUGUUAAUUAUAGAAGGGGCGGCUUGUUUAAGUAUCCCACAAAAGGAAGUGCUACACUAAGGACUCAAUAUUCUUUGCAGACGCGUAAAAAAAAAGGUUUAAUUCCUAAGAAGAUUCCUGAAAAAUUCACAUAAAGGGAAUAUGAUAAUAAUGAAUUAAGUUCGAAAUGGGAUGUAAAAAAUAAAGCUUUACUUGAAUAUACAUCAAUUAAUGAGGAGAGACAUUACGCGGUAGGGGAAGAAAGAAAAAUGGUUGAUAAAAGUACCUUUUAGGGUUUAAAUUCUUUUCAAAUGAAAAGCUUGUUCUUUCAAAAGGAUGAAGAUUUAGAAGAAGAUAAUAGUAAAAAGAUGGUUUAAUUCUUCUACCAUGGAAAAACAUUCACGUAUUGCAAAGAAAGUUGUUAAUUAUUUAAAAAAGAGCAUUUGAUUAGAAGAUUAUCUGUCUGGAUUACAGAAUGGAAUUACUAUAAAUUUUUUACUUUUAUUACAAUUUUAACUAUGGCAGUCUUCAUGGGAAUGCAUAACUACAACUUAAGCGAUGAGGAAAAUAUUAAAUAAGGAGGAUAUUAGAGCAUUUUUUCAUACACUAAAUAUUUCUACAUAAGUUAUUUUGCCAUUGAAAUAGUUUUGAAAAUCAUUGCUAGAGGGCUUUACUAAUCGUAUAACAGCUAUCUCAAAAACAUCAAUAAUUUAAUCAUCUUAAUAGUUUUUGGCAUAAUAGUUAUAUAUGAUACUUCAUUCAUUUUCCUCUUCAUCUUUAGGAUCUUUUACGUUUUUGAGUUUACAAGUAACAUUAAGUAAUUGAGAAAAUCUUACAUAAUCUUAAAACUUUAUCAAAUUUCUGGUGAAACUCUAUUUAAACUAUUAUUUCUUAUAUUCUUUUUUAUUACUCUAUUUGGAAUCUUAUCCACAAACAUAUUUUCGGGAUCUCUAGACUACAGAUGUAGAACCACUCCAGUACCUGGCUAAGGAGAUUGGGAACUAGCAUAAGGAGUUUAUAGAGUUUGUGGUGGUAGAUUUUCAUGUCCUGAUAAUACCUAUUGUGGAAGUAACUAUAGCUAUAUAAAAAAUGAUACUUCAUACAUUGAUAGUGCUAACAUGGAUAAACCUACUAGUUCAAGAUAUUAUAAUUAUGGAAUCACAAAUUUUGAUAAUUUAUAUCAAACUUAUUUGACUCUGUUCUUAUUUUAUAUGGUGGAAGGAUAUUAUAAUGUGCUUUAUAUGAUGGAGGAUUCUCAUGACUAAUUCAUUCCUAUUAUUUUUGUUACUUGCUAUUUUUUAGUGUGUACAUAUUUUCUAAAUAAUUUGAUUAUAGCUAUCUUUUUUAUCAAGUACUAAUAAAUUGAAUCUGAAGAAGAAAAAAAGAAUGCUUCAUAAAAAAGAAAAUCAAAUUCUGUUAGAUUUCAAGGAUCUUAAUAACAUUAGCAAUAUGAUGCUAUUACUAAUAAUUAAUCACUAGCUACAAAUAGCUUUUAUAACCUUAAAGGUGGAGCAGCUGAUUCUUCUAACAAAAAUGUAAAUAGGAUUUACCCUGAAAAAAUAACUCUUAACACAGAAAAAUAAAUUUAAAAUACAUUUAUAGGCUUAAAUUUAAAUUCUAAAUAAUAAAUAAUAAAUCCUCCAUACAAAAGAAGAAAUGCAAAAUAAUUAGAAGAAUUGAAUAGAGAGAAGAAUUAUGGAUAAAGUAUAGAAUUAAAACAAAAUAAAUAAAUAGAUUAACUGAACAACAGCAACAAUAGCAAUAACAAAAAAGAUUUAAAAAAACAUUUAGAGUAUUCUAAAAAGGUAUCUUUGAAAUCUAUAGCUGAAGAAAAAGAUAUUUUUUAUAUGAAGGAUAGAAAUGUAGCAGAAGAGCUAAAGAAAUUCAAAUAAUUAUAUGCUAGUGAGUUUUUAGAUAAAUCGAUUUCAAGAGCAGAAACUAAUAAAAAUAAAAACAAUGGGUAACAACAUAACAAUUUUUCAUUAGCAUAUAGGACUAAUGCGUCUUUCAAUUCAAAUAGAAGAAAAACAUUUAAUAAAAUUCCAUUUAGUCCUUCAAUAUAUGGCUAAUCAAUUUUGAAUUUGUUGUAAAUAAAAAGCUCAAAAAAUAAAAUAGAAUCUUAGUAGAAAGAAAAUGAAUUAGAUUACAAUAGGGGAAUAAUUGACAUCUUUCUUUCAAACAAAAUAUUCUUAGUAUUUAUCAAUCUUUGCAUUUUCUGUAAUAUUAUUGUACUCAGCUUCAAUUAAUACCCUGCAGUUAGUGACAGCUUCUACAGCAUAUUAAAAACACUUAAUUUGGUAUUUAUUCUCCUGUUUCUUUUUGAAGAUGCGCUUAGACUACUCUCAAGUAAGUAGAAUUAUUAUAUCUUACUCGGUGAAAUUAUUAUAGAUGUAACUUCGACUGUUAUAGUUUUCAAAACAAAGGAUUUGGUUCCUUUUUCUUGUCUGAAAGGGAUUAGAAUUUUGUAUGCUUUUACAAAUAUUUAGAAAUGGGUUAACUAUAGAAUAUUAAUAGAUGCUAUGAACCAUAGCAUGUCCUAUGUAAUCAAUAUUAUGUUGAUAGCAUUUUCCUUUAUGUACUUAGGUACGAUAAUUGGAAUGUGGCUAUUUGGAGGAAAACUCAAAUUUAAUGACUCAGAUGAAUAUGACCUCGUCAAUGGGAAAUCUCCUAGAUUUAAUUUUGAUAAUAUUUUAUCAGCUUUUACUUUAGUUUUCACAACUAUUUAAGGAGAUCAGUGGAAUAGGGUUUGGUUCGAUUGUGUUAGAAGUGAAGGAAGUUUGAAAGCGCAUCCUUAUUUUAUUCUAUUAAUGGUUAUUGGGAAAACAAUAUUUUUAAAUUCAUUUACUGCUAUUAUGCUUGCAUCUUUUGAUUAUGCAAAUAAGAAAUCAGAUGCAGCUAUGAGAGGUGCUAAAACUGCAAUUGAUUAAAUUUUGAGUAUGAAGUUGAGGAGAAAAAAUUCUGAACUUCCUUAAGAAAUGUAAAAGAAAGAUUUUAUAAAAAAUGAUACUUAUAAGAAUAUAAAUUCUAAGUUUGUGUCUAAAGGGGAUGAUGAUAGUUAGUCAAAAGAAGAUAAUUUUAAGAGCUCAGUAGUCGACAGUGAAAAACAGGACGAUAAAUUUAGCUUAAAAGCAUAAUAAAAAAAAAGAAAAGUACUAUAAUAAGAUAAUAAUGAAAAUAGAUUGUAAACAGAAGAUAAUUAACUGCAAACAUUAGGUCCUCUAAUUAAUAAUUAAGACUAAUAGACACUCAAAGAUUUUAGAUCUCCUGGUCUCAAUUUUAAAAUUAUGCCAUUAAAAAAUGAUGAAAUUGAUGAACAAAAACCUCGAAAUGCCAAUUAUCCAAAGCCUUAAAAAGUCAAUGAAGUCACUUCUCAAUUAGGAGAGGAGAGAACCUUUUAAAGACAAGGAUCGAACAAUAAUGAUUCAACCCCUGAUUAAAGAAAAUCCCCCUUUUAGUUAUCCAUGAGCUCCUUUAAGUAAUACAAUAAACAUAGAAGUCAAGCUGAUCUUGAGAAGGAAAAAAAAAAACUAGGUAAAAUAGGAUUCUAUUUGAAAUAUUCAAGCUGCUUUAUGUUUCAUAAAAAUUCCUUUAUAAGAAAAAAUUGUAUCAGGCUUAUAGAGACUAACUAUUGGGAUAAUUUUUUCUUAGUUCACAUAGUUUUUAGUUCAAUUCAACUUGCAUUGGACAAUCCUCUAUAUGAUCCAAAUUCAAUCUUUAAAUAAGUCUUAUAGAUACUUAACUUUUACUUUACUGUUGUUUUUUGUGUUGAAGCUGCUAUUAAAAUUAUAGCAUAUGGGUUCUUAUAUAAUUUCACUAAGCCAGACUAAGCCUACUUAAGGAGUCCUUGGAAUAUCCUUGAUUUUUUUGUUAAUAUUUGUGCAAUUGUAGAUUUAUCUGGAUUUUUAUCUACUUAAAGCCUUAAAUCAUUAAAAUCACUAAGAGUUUUUAGAGCACUAAGGCCAUUAAAAAUUAUAACAAAGAACGAAUCAUUAAAGCUACUGGUUAAUUCACUGUUUCAAACAAUUCCAGUUUUAACUAGUUUGGCUUUUGUUAUUUUGAUAAUGACUUGGAUAUUUGCUAUCUUCCUUAUGAGUUCAUUUAAAGGAGAAUUACAAUAUUGCUCUUUUGACGAUAUUAAUAAUAUGGUAGAUUCUGAUUUAUAUAAGAAAAUAGUAACAAUUUAAGAUUGCAACUAAUCAGGUGGCUAGUGGGUCAAUCAAUAUUUUAAUUUUGACACUGUUUUUUUAUCUGUAAUAUCUUUGUUCAAAAUUAUUUUAGGUGAAAAUUGGACUCAAUUGAUGUGGUCAUCUAUAGACGCUUCUGGAAUAGAAAAAUAACCAAUAAAAGAUUAUUAAAGAGGUUAUGCACUUAUCUAUCUAUUGCUAUUGUUUAUGGGAAAUAUUUUUACAACCAACCUAAUUACAGGUUUAGUAGUAAAUAACUUCAAAAGAAUAAAAGAUGAAAUUUCUGGCUACAAAAACUUAACAAGCAUUCAAAGACAAUGGGUAGAAAUGUAAAAGUAUAUGAUGAAAAGAAAAUUAAAGGUAGUUAUUCCUACUCCUGAGAAUACUUACAGACACUUUUGUUAUAUAUUAGCAAAAUCUUCUAAAUUUGAAAAAAUAAUUAUCUUCUUUAUAAUUUUAAAUCUCGUAACCAUGGGAUGUUAAUACAAAGGAAUGGAUGAUUAGGGAGCUUAUGCAAUUAAUGUUAUUAAUAAUUUUUGCUUAGGUAUUUAUCACGUAGAGGCCCUUAUAAAAAUAGUCGGAGUUGGGGUUUAUUUUUACUUCAAAGAUGAUUGGAACAAAUUUGAUUUUGGUGUUAUUUUGAUUACAGAUAUUGUUCUCUUUUCUUCUAUUUUUGUAUCAACGUCGACAGUUUCAAACUUGCCUAUUAUAUUCAGAGCUCUUAGAUUAGGAAGAAUAGUUAAAUAUAUUAGAGCUUCAUAAUCUUUAAAGGUUUUGAUAGAUUCGAUAUACUAUUUGUUACCUUCUUUAAUUAAUAUAGCUUUUCUUGUAUUUUUGAUAGCUUUUAUUUGUGCAAUUUUAGGAAUGAAUUUAUUUUCUUAAGUCUAGCUUUUAGAUGGAGAUUAAUAAUAUCCAUUCUUUGAUUCAAGAGCUCCUUAUCCAUACUCAUAUAAUUUCUAAACUUUUACAGGUUCGUUUUUAGUUAUUUUAUAGUGUAUACAAAAUUAAAACUGGGAUUGGUACAUAUAAUAAUAUGGAUUUGACUAAUCAGGCUGCUAUAGUUAGAGCUAUUCAGACUAAUAAUAAGAUGGUAUCAAAGGUUGCUCUAAUCCACUUAGUUACCCUUUCUUCUUAGUAGUGGUCUUUUUCUUAAGAUAUAUAAUCAUAAAUCUCUUUUUAGCUCUCGUAAUCGAGGGUUUCUUUGACACUCUAAAAGAAAAUGAAGCUGUAAUUUCUCCAGAAGUACUUGAAAGUAUUAUUGAAAAAUGGUCAGUCUACGAUUAAAAUGGUACAGGGUUCAUUGACCCUGAGGAGAUGUAUUUAUUAUUAUUGGACAUUCCAGAGCCUAUAGGUUUGAAAAAUGAGUUUUUAUAAACUCAGAUUACAGGUCAUGGUUAUAGUUAAAAAAGAGAUAUUAAAGAUAGAAAGAGCAAAUUGUAACUUUUCUCAAAAAGAAAGAUUUUCUAGGAGCUUAUAAAUUUCAAUGUCAGAUUAUAUUCAAACGACAAAACGCACUUCAUGGAUUUCUGUGUAAAAAUAUCAAGAAAUGCAAUUAUGAAGAAAGCUAAGGAUAAUAAUAUCUCUGAUCCUUUUCUGAUUAACAGUAGGAUAGUAAUUGAAGACAGUCUAGUGUAAACACUGAUGAAGAAUUGGGAAACAGAAUAUCCAACUCUAAAGAAGUAUAACAAGAGGAAAGAUGAAUUUAACUAGCCAAAGAAAUACUUCACUAUUUUAAAUUACUAUGCAGCAGUAACUAUUUAAGAUUAUAUUAGAUAGGUUUAAAGAGAGAAAAAGAUAAAGGAGUAAAUAAUUAAAAACAAACUUAGUAGUAAAAUGAAUAAAACAGAAAACAUAAACACUUAUAGCUUAACAAAUAACUAAAAGUAAAAAGUUUUAUAAAGAAAUUAUACAAACAAACCGUGGAGUUCAAACAAUAAAAAAUGA